AGUGUGAGGACCACUGGGAAGGGAGAACGGGUGUCACUAUUUCCGGACCCGGGCCGGGACUUGAGAGAAAAGAAAACUACAAAUCCCAGCACGUCCCCCGGCUUUGGAGCCCCGCCCCUAGCGAACUACAGCUCCCGGGGUAUUUCCAUUUUAACAGAAAACAAUCCCUGAACCCAAAGGAAUGAAUCCCUAAUGGUGGAGUUUCAGGCAUUGGUGACAGGCUGAACCCGGACUCCCAGGGCCAGUGCUUACACCUGACAAAUGAUGGCCUGAGCUAUGAGCAGACAGGACUAUAUGAACACUUCGGUGCAAGAGCCCCCUCUUGACUACUCCUUCCGAAGCAUCCACGUGAUCCAAGACCUGUUGAGUGAGGAGCCACGGACAGGGCUACGACCACUAAGGCACUCAAAGUCAGGGAAGUCACUGACCCAGUCCCUGUGGCUGAACAACAAUGUCCUCAAUGACCUGAGAGACUUUAGCCAUGUGGUUUCACUGCUUCUGGAGCAUCCAGAGAACCUGGCCUGGAUCGACCUGUCCUUCAACGACCUGACUUCCAUCGACCCUGUCCUGACAACUUUCUUCAACCUCAGUGUACUCUAUCUCCACGGCAACAGCAUCCAGCGCCUGGGAGAGGUGAACAAGCUGGCUGUCCUCCCACGGCUCCGGAGCCUGACACUCCACGGGAAUCCCAUAGAGGAAGAGAAGGGGUAUAGGCAGUAUGUGCUGUGCACCCUGCCCCGUAUCACCACAUUCGACUUCAGCGGGGUCACCAAAGCAGACCGUGCCACAGCUGAAGUAUGGAAACGCAUGAACAUCAAGCCCAAGAAGGUCCGGAUCAAGCAGAAUGCACUCUGAGGCUCCCAGGGCCCCAGCAGUCCUCAAUGCCGAAGACAGUCAGUUUGGUUUAACAAUAAACGAUCUGAGCAGUUGAGCA